AAAAUCUACUCCCUUUCACCAUUUUUACUGAUUCUGGGAUAGUAUUUGUCUUUGAUUGCGUUUUCUCUCUGGUUGUGUUAUUCUCUAGAACUCUGUGGUUAUGUAUAUGCUGCUGCUUUAGUUACUUUACUCAGUCUGUUAGUGUUCAAUUUCUCCUGCUUUUUAAGGCAUUGUCUUUGUUAGCUUGGGCGAUCGUUAAAAUCGAUAGCGAGCAGGGGCGUAGCCAGGGGGGUGGACCAGGGGCCUGCCCCCCUUUAUAUAUGAGACAUUAUGAAAAAUACGGGAGAAAAUGCCUUGAAAGUCCCUUUUGGGCCCCCUCCUGUUAAAAAUUUUGGCUCACUGCUGGCGAGGGUGUGUGUGAGUAAUUGAUAAUUAUUGAUUAAGUUCCCGUUAUUUUAUCCGAUUAUUUUCUCCAGAAACGUGUAACAGUCAUAACCUUUUCACUAUUUGCCGUACGAAACAGGACCAUAUUUGAAACAAAAUGCUGCUCACAUGAAGAAGUGCACUAUUAAGGCAAAGCAAAUCGUUUGGCUGCCCGCACUAUUUGCUAAAUGUGGUCAAAUUUCGAACAUGAAUGUUUCACCUCUUGUUUUAAUUUACUGAUUAUCUCAAUCUCAAAGAAAGCAAGCCUAUAACAGAACGUACAGACAUAGCUGUCAUUUCACCCACAUUUGGCAGGUGUCACAAGAUUUUGGACCUCAUCAAGAGCCUGAUUUGAUGUUCAUACAUUCUCUGUAUUCACCUGCAUUGGCUCUCUUGGGUUUUUUCACAUAUUUACUGUAUUCCAUCGGAUUUCACAAGAUUCCUGUACAAGUUGGGCUGGCAGCUAUGUACAGAGCAAACCCAUGGCAGAACAGAAGAGUAGUUACAACAGGAAAGAGAGGCUCAUUUUGUUUUGCUGUGAGAGCUGUGCAGUGACACUUUUUUUUAGUGUGACCCUUUAUAUGAUAGGUGUUACAAUUUGCGACUGUUGCCUACAAAAUGAUCUUGAAUUAUGCUGUGCGUUUUAUCGAUUAUCCAAUUGAUAAAAUCGAUAUCCGCUGGAAAAAGUGUCAGUAUCAAUUUUUAUUGAUAAACCCCAAAAAUAGAUAUCAGUUCAAUCAUAAUUAUCAAUUAUUAUCGAUUUAUCGAUCAAUUUUCCUACAUUGAUUUCUAUUGAUUGCCCAAGCCAGGAAACUAUUGUUACUCAUGCGGUAUUUUGACAAACGCUCUUAUGGGGUGCCUGUGUCUCUUGUUUUUUAUAUUGUGUUACAUGUCCUUGCAAAAAGCACUAAUAGCCAGAAAAAAAUUACUUAUUAUCCUAUCAACCCGGACAUAAAUGUACAUAUGCUCAUUUAGAAAAUGAAUUUUAACCUUAAGCCUAAGGAAUAGCCAAAUGGGUGUGGUUUCUGAUUUUUAAACCCUAAGGGAUAGCAGAUAAAACAAAUGAAUUAUCAGGUUUCCGAGUUUUAUUAUUGACUGACCCCUGGUGGACCCCUGGGAUAGCAGAUUUCCAGAAGACCCUAGUGUUUGACAAUAGCAGAGUUGUUGCCAGAGUUACAGUAUCAUUACUGGCAAAAAAAUAAAACAACUAAAAAAAUAAAACAACUAAUGAGACGAUCUUGGUUUCCCACACUUUAUUGUUAUUCAUUAAAGAUCAGCAUGAUUUAUGUAUUAUGUUUGUUACAUGUGUGUUUGGGGAAUAUAACUCAUUAGUGAUGCUUUCAUUCUAUUGUUUGUAAUGCACUAGUCAAUUGAAACCCCCACCCCCAUGGUCUUGGGGAAGGGUGGGGGAUUAGACUUUGACCCUGUACAAAACAGAGAAAAGCCCCCACCCCCUCGAGACAAAACUGCAGUCAAAUGCCCCUACCCCUUGGGAUGCAAACUAUAGGCAACUACCCAACAACAAGUCAUCUGAAAUAAGCCUUAAUCUUUCAAAGCCAGUACAUUUCGGAGAGUACGUUUUGUACUAAUACUUAUGAAGAUAACAAUUACCAAAAAAAAUGAAAAAUAAAUAAUCUUCAUCUUGCACUAGUUAUCAUUCAUAUUCGUUUUUGCACAUUUCACCAUGCAGCUUGCCACACGCUGAUAUAUGAAAUUGCUUGCUACAAAAGAGAAAGAGUCUCAAACCAGAAACUGACAUGACUUUUGCACUAAGUACAUUUGUGAUGUUAUUCAUUUGUCCCCAAGCCCUCAUGGUGGGGACAAGUCUUAAAGUAAAAAACUAUCAAUUCCCCCACCCCCUCGGGACAAAUUCUCGUUCAAAAGUGCUCUAAACCCCCACGUCAACCCCACACUUCCCCGGGGCCAUGGGGGUGGGGGUUUCAAAUGACUAGUGCAUAACAGUUCCUAAAUACAUUUCAAUGGGAAAUCAGCAUAUUUUUUAAAGGAGAAAAUUACGACAUUUUACCUCUACCACGCUUGCGAACACUUAAAUCUCACAGUUCUCAUCCAUUUCCCCGCUAACAAGUCGUGUUAUUCUUGGCAAACUGAUUUCAUGUCACCAUCGGCGAUAUUCUAUUUUACUUCUUCUCGUGAUUUCAUGGAAAUUCGUAGCGCAUGGUGCUUGUUUAUUACUUGCUGGGAGGGAUGAACCAUCUUGAAUGUUUUUCGCUCAAAAUAAAUAAUAAUUAUGAAAAGGCACUGAUUCCCCAAACUGACAAAAAAUAUUCACACGAACAGAUGCAAAAAUUCUUUAGGAAAGUCCAAAUUGAAUUUUAGUCACAGAAAUCACGUAAGAUGGGAGUCAUUUGGAGCAAUUUAUAGGCACGAUUGGAACGUUUUAUAGGCUGCCAUCAAAAUGGCCGCCUUCAGAUGUAAACACAGGAAACCACAAGAAGCCUAAAAGGUUUUUUUUAGGAUCAUUUAACUUGACACAUUAACUGGCUAUUUUUUAGAUAGAUAGAUAUUAACUACUUAUUAACCGAGCGCGAGGGCUGUACGGAGAAAUAUCAGACCGAGGUCUCGAAUGUACGGCCGAAGGCCCCAGGCCGAGGGCCGUGCUAAAAAGACCGAGGUCUGAUUUUUCUCCGUAAAGCCCGAGCAAGCAAGGUUAAUAAAAGUUUUAUUGUAUGGCUUUUAAAAAUUAAAAUGACGAGAAAACAAAUCAACUUACGCUUUCGCGCGAAUAUCGAUUAGUUUAUCGAUCGAUCUCAAAAAGGCGGGAAAACAAGAAACACUCGUGCACGGUCAACUAAAAAAAUGUGAAAAGAAUGAAAAUAUUCAACAAUAUAAAACGACAACAAACCAAAUAGACCUCGGAAUGAGAGAUAUUGGUUAUAAUAGCCCUUCAGCCGUAAAAAGAAGAAUGGUCCGAGGGGCCAAAUGAAUGGAAAGCGAAGCAAAAAGGUUACUUGGUUUAUUUACCGUUCAGCGUUGUUUUCAUCGUUAUGACAAGCACCGUGAUAUAAUUCAACGACUUUUCGGGCUAUUUAUUUCUAUUUUCACCAUUUGGAAGCUACAGGCUUCAUCCCAAAGGUGCUAUAGAUCCAAACAAAGAGAAAGAAAGCCCAGAUGUCAGUCUUCACGGCAUGAAUGGACUGUUUGGUGUGAAAACUCCACGGGACAGGAGUGAUUCUAGCCAGGACAAUGGGUUAUGGGAGAUAAACAACAAAAGGAAAUCAUGGCAGAGAAGAAACCUAUAAAGCAACCUUCUGAUCAGUGUCAGAAUUUGAUAUGCACACAGGAAAUAAAAGUCGAGCCAGAACUAUUUGAUUUGAAAAGUAUUGUAAAGGAGACAUCAAAAGCAUUAAAUUUAUCUGAGAAACCAUAUGAAUGUGGAAUGGGCUUUACCCAAUCUGGAGCCCUGAAGAGACACCUAAGGAUUGACUCAGGAAAGAAAUCAUACAAAUGUGAUGAAUGUGGCAAGUUCUUUACCCAACAUGCACACCUGAAGAGACACCUAAUGACUCACUCAAGACAAAAACCGUACAAUUGUGAUGAAUGUGGCAAGUGUUUUACCCAACAAACACACCUGAAGACACACCUAAUGAUUCACUCAGGGCAAAAACCAUACAAUUGUGAUGAAUGUGGCAAGUGCUUUACCCAACAUGCACACCUGAAGACACAUCUAAUGAUUCACUCAGGGCAAAAACCAUACAAUUGUGAUGAAUGUGGCAAGUGCUUUACCCAAAUAACACACCUAAAGAGACACCUAAGGAUUCACUCAGGACAGAAACCAUACAAGUGUGAUGAAUGUGGCAAGUGCUUUACCCGAAAAGCAAACCUAAAGACACACCUAGUGAUUCACUCGGGACAAAAACCAUACAAAUGUGAUGAAUGUGGCAAGUGUUUUACCCAACAAACACACCUGAAGACACACCUAAUGAUUCACUCAGGACAAAAACCAUACAAAUGUGAUGAAUGUGGCAAGUGCUUUUCCGAAUCUGGUAACUUAAAGAAACACCUAGUUAUUCACUCAAGACGGAAACCAUACAGAUGUGAUGAAUGUUGCGAGUGCUUUACACAAAAAACACACCUGAAGACACACCUAAUGAUUCACUCAGGACAAAAACUGUAAUGUUUGGGAUUCCUGUUUGUAUGACCGCAAGGUUUUCUGGGUAACAGCAAUAAACAACGACAGUCCGCCAUUACUGUUUAUUCGUUUUGAUCCUAAGGUUUUUCUCAAAUACAUUACAUUUUUUGGCGACGAGGAUUUCGGAAAUGGCAACCUACGG